AUGCGCCUUGAUCGUGUGUACUUUACCCGUUACCGGGUUUCAAUUUUAAAGUCCUUUUAUGGCACUUUUAAGCUUGGGAUUAGAAGAGAGGGAAAGAGUCGCUGGGAGAGAAGGGUUCCAAUUGUUCCUGCAGAUUUAAGCAGUUUGUUUUCGGAACAUUCUGGACUUUCGGUAAUAGUCCAGCCAUGUACCAAAAGAUGCUAUCCAAAUGGCAGUUAUGCGCAGGCGGGCGCAGUGAUUGGCGAGGACCUGUCGGAGUGUGAUUUGGUACUUGGCAUUAAAGAAAUUCCAACUAGCGAAAUCCUUCCAAGGAUAUCGUAUUUAUAUUUUUCGCAUACCCAUAAGGGCCAGGCGCAUAACAUUCCUGUAUUGAAGGAUAUGCUUGCAAAAAAAUCGUCUUUGUUUGAUUUGGAGCUUUUGGUGGACGAAAACGGCAAGCGGAAAGUGCAAUUCGGGUACUAUGCAGGCGUUGCCGGCAUCAUAAACUCGUUGCAUGGGCUCGGCGAUCGGCUGCUGGAAAUGCUGUUUUCAAAUCCAUUUACAUCCCUUCCAAUGGCUCAAUACAUCGACAAUGUUUCGUUGGCAAAAAUGCUUCUCAAGGAGCAUGUUGCAGCGAGAAUCCAAUCGGAGGGAAUUCCUCAACCUUUUUCUCCAUUGAUUUUUUGUAUCACAGGCUCUGGACAUGUGUCUAAGGUACUUUCCAAUUAA